UUUAUUCUGAUCGCCUCGCCCAGUCGCUUGAUAAUCUUGAAUUCUCAUGCAGACCACUGGGUUUUAGCCAGGCCAGUCACCAAGCCCACAGAAGCAAUUACUACGAAUCUAGCGAGUGACUGAGUCGAUAACAACCCAAGUCCGGGUCAUUGAACCCUCUCCUACGCACCUCCCCGCCCAAAGAAGAGCAUCAGAAAGUUCCAAGUGGCGGAACAGCACAGUUCAUAAUACAAGAGCCAUGGCCUUUGCAGAUGUCGCAGAAGACGCUGACUACUUGAGGACGCCUUCAUUCUUUGGAUAUAAUGAGCUUGGAGUGGAGCAACCCUGCUUUGAACAUGCACGGCAACAUAUACCAGGUGGCCUACUUCCAUGGGAUUGGGUUGCUUCCUCUUCUGGAUUUGUCACCACGAACUCCACGGGCUUUCAAGGCUCGGAUCUCUCAACGCCAGACUUCAGUCAGCCCAGGAAUACUGAAAUUCCUAACAGCCUCUUGAACCAAACUAGCUUUGGUAGUAUGCAACCAUCCUUCGCAUCAUAUACAGCCCAGCAGUCUUCCGAGUUCGUUUAUCCCAUACAAGAGACUCCUAUGGCCGAGAACAUUACACCAAACUUUAGCCAAAGCUACAAUGGCCAAGGAAAUCUAGAUUCCUUCAAACAGUCAGAUCUAAACCGUGCUCACUCGGCGCUGGAGCCGAACAAGAAGGCAGCACGUGAGAGAAGGCCCAGACACAGACAGCCUCUUUGCGACACAAAGAGUCCACGAGAAAGGGAAACACAGUUAAAUAAUGCUGGGUAUAGAUGGCCUCUGAGCGCUCCGGAACGAAACCGACACGCUGCUGCCAAGUGCCGUGCUCGCAAGCAGAAUCAAGAAAAUGCUUUGGCCACUGAGGUGGAAAUAUUGGAAGGUCGGCAUCAGCAACUCUCUUCUUGCUAUAACGACCUCAUUGAGCAAGUUUACCACCUCAAGUCAGAGAUUUUGAGGCAUAGCGACUGCAACUGCGCUCUUAUUCAACAAUAUAUUAGGAGUGAAGCACCCAAAUCAGUGGAUGUCCCGAUGAUGAAAACGUCUUCAUCCAACGACACGGCCACCACAAUCCCAUGGGGUGAUGCCCUUGGUGGCAACGAUAAUUCACAAGGAGGGUUAAUGGAGCUAAACAGUCUAACACGGGGCUAUACCAUGUUCUCGGGCGUAUCAUGGCUUUGACAUCAUCCUUGUCCAAAACGCAAAGCAGAGCCUUGUGGUUUGUUAAACAGGGGAUGCAGUAUUUUUCUUGACGAAAAAAAUUAAAGAGUGCAUCUGUUGUCUUUGUCUAGGUAAGAAAACAGGAAGAAAAAAAAACACGUAUUUGGAGCCAUUUAGGCUUGGUCCUGUUUUCGGAGACAAGAAUAAGAAACCUUGCAAUACACGAAGACGGUACUACUGUUUCACAUGCUUGC